AUGAGUGGGGUGACGAGAGGUAAUAACCGUGCUCAAAAUACAGCGAGGAAGGCGCCGCCGACGCUACUGAAGACGCUGCUCAGCAAAGGACAAACCGCCAAUGACGCUCUGACGCACGAUGGAAACAACGCUUCCAUUAUUCUGGACGACAAGACUCGAGAAACGCCGUGGACACCAAAAAGCUUGGGAAGGGCGAAGACGGCCAUUAUUUACAAGCAAACGCUGAACGACACGUUGCUGGUACUGGAGCGCAACAUGUUCUUCAUCAGUGGCUGGGCACCGUAUUUUGUGUCGCUGCAAGAAGACAGCAUCCUAAUGUUCUCCAGUCGCGAGCGAUGGGAGCAGGGACUCAAACCCGACAAGAUAAUUGAGCUGCACCACAUGAUGCUUCUAGGCGACAUGAAAGUCGAUGUGGUUGAAGGAUCCUCUGCGCUGCACGAUCAAGACGGCAACUUGCGUCUUUUCCGCCGCAAGUUAUUGGAAACAGACGAGUUGGACGAGUGGCUAAACGAAGAGCUACGGCAGAGUUUACUGGUCUCCUCUGGUAGUAAAGUGGAUACUCUUGCUGUAAACAACCCGAAUGCAAGCACACACUGCAUUCUGGAGUUCGGUUCAUACAACCAAAGCACGUUCGAGUUGUGGACGAAAGCGAUUCGGCACAUCCUGUCAACGAAACGAGAAGCACACGUCAACAGUUCACGAAGCAACCAGAGCAAAGAAGACACAGAUUUAGCAGCUAAUGAUGGAACGACAGUGUCCACUAAGUGCUGGGUAUCUCCAGGACAAGAUUCCAAGGUGACACUACUUCAAAGUGAAAUCUGGUGCAACCGCGUCCUCUCGGGUGAGAAGGAAAAGGCCGAGUCUGAAAUCCGGCGGAUAGUGGCGAUGGAGAAGCUGGUAGCCCAAGUAACCCACCCGCAGAUGGCCUUGCUAGUGUACGAGAAGGUUAGCCGUCGGAAAUACUCCGUCUUUCUGAUCCUUGCAUUGGCAUACGGAGUUGAAGAAGAGGAAAUUCGGGAAGCUCAUGAGCGAAUGUGUCAAGAAAAUGCGGCCGUGAAUGCUGGAGUCGGUGGCGGCAUCGGUGAGCAGCAACGAACUGUCGCCUCUUAUGGGUUUGAAGACCCUGAGAGCUUGGAGUUGUAUGAGAAAUACCGCGAUGCCGCCUUCAACUACCACAAAAUGAAUUAUGGAGACACGGUUGCCGCAGAAGAAGAAGAUGCCAUCAUGCAUCUUCCCGUGAUGCUCCAAGUUGCAAUAGUUCGACAAGACCACGAGGAAUCUACCGCAAUGCUCUCCAUUUUGAACGCUGUCAAAGCUCGGCUAAUGGAGCAUUGUUCUCAGGAGGAGAAUGGUAUCUAG